UACGUAUACAUAUGUGUAUAUUGUGCAUUGUGUAUAUAUAUAUCGGCAUUCCGGUGAAGCGGCAUGCGAUGAUAUCGCGCGGAAUGGUACGCGUAUUAGAAAAAAUUAAAUUAUGACGUCUGUUUAAUCGGACAUUACAGCCAAUUACGUCCAUUUCGAAGAUUACUGUAACCCGCCAAAUUACCUAAAGCCGAUGAAACCUGUAAAAAUAAAUCGUCGAGGUUAUGUCCGAGAUCAGUGAACACUCUUCCCUUAAAAUCGGGAUAAGAGCGAUAUCAUAUCCAGGAUGUCUAUCUGACAAGAGUGUUGUUGUCUUUAUACAAAAGUACAAAUAUAACAUUCCAGAGAGAACAGAAACAGCUUGAAACGAUCAAAGCUUAAAGCUACAAUGCACGAACACUGAAUUUACAUAUCGUAUACGCACAACAAUCGUAUAUAUACAUAUCGAUAUACAUGCAGAAAGAUUUGUACCUGCUUGUUACAAGGCAUGUCUCAGGCUCAGCAUAUGAGGACUUGCGUCAAGGCUGUUAAAAAGCUGUGUCCGUUAGUCACGCUAAUAUGCACCGUGUUUGUCAUCGGUAUCACGAUUUACAUCAACCAGAAGAUCUCGCCGGUCUUCAUCUUCCUCUGUAUGCAGGUAUAUCUGAACUGGUAUUCUGUAUACAGUAUCAGCUACAGAUCCAAUCCAAUGAAGGUCAAGGAGGUCAGGAAUAACUUGUGUGAUGUGACGAUACAGAGCAAACUCGAGCUAAGCGCGACGCAGUUAACGGCUCACAACACGGCUUACAAAUUCUGGCAUUGCGAACGCUGUGAGAGUUACAUGUGCAAGCCGACGCAGCACUGCGUCUUCUGCCGCAAGUGCUUUCACUUUAAGGAUCACCACUGCUUCUUCCUGGGCGCUUGCGUGCUGCGCCAGAACAUGGGCAACUUCAUAUUAUUCUGCUUCUAUACCUCGCUAACGUGUCUUUACUCACUGUGUGUUAUCGCGCCGUAUAUGUACGAGAACAUCAAUCACAUAGUGAAGAGCGACACGGACUACUUCAACAUAUUUUUAAACUUCUGCUUCCCCAUCGCGCUAGCUCGACUGCUGCACUCCCGGGACGGUUCAAGCAUAUUGCUCGUUACCAUCUUCGAUAUGCUGAUCACGAUCUUGUGUAUCUGUCUGGUGUACGGCAUCUGGAAGCUGCAUAGUUGUUUGACUGGUAAACAACGUUACGCGAACAUCACGGGAAAGCAAAAUCUGAGGGAGAUCUUCGGAAGCUACGGUCUCUCGAAUAUCAUUUUCCCGUACAACGGUCUCAUAGGCACGCGAGACAUCAAUGGCAAAUACGAACUGAAGGAAGUGUGAAGCAAUAUUCUAGUCAAUAA